CCAAUGCUAAAUUGCUCAAUUUACCUACAGCAGAUCGUCUUAGCCAUGUGCCUAAAUGCACUGAGUUGCUGCCAUGUGAUUGCCUGAUUUGAAAUUUGCAAGCAGUUGGACAGGUGUCCCUGAUAAAGUGGAGUCUCAUCCUCUUGGCCCUGGAGGAACCUCUACGGAGGAGGAGGAGCAGGGGGACAAAGGGGCGGAGCUCCGCGUGGCAGCCUGCUCGUGCGCACGGACAGCGCGGCGUGCGGAAAAGCCAAGCAGGGGAAAAGCCAAGCAGGGAUUGACGGACAGGCAGCGCGGGGGGACCUUAAUCUGCACCAGAGAGAACAGACGGAAGCAUCAUGAGUGAGCGCUUUGAUUGCAAAAACUGCAAGAAGUCCUUGUACGGACAGCAAUACAUCCAGGUGGAGAAUGAGCCGCACUGCAUCACCUGCUACGAGGGUCUGCACGCCAACACCUGCCAGGAGUGUAAGGAAAUCAUCGGACACAAUGCCAAGGAGCUGGCCUUCGAGGACAGAUACUACCAUGAACACUGCUUUCGCUGCUUCCGCUGUGACCGCUCCUUGGCCGACGAGUCUUUUACCAGCCACGGUGACUUGCUGCUUUGCAGCGACUGCUGCUUAAACGAGUUUUCCUCCAAGUGCGUGUCCUGCGACAAAACCAUCAUGCCAGGAUCCAAGAUCCUGGAGUUUGACGGCUCCUCCUGGCACGAGGACUGUUUCGUGUGUCACAGCUGCGAGAAGCCGAUCGGAGGUGAAGCCUUCGUCCCCAACAAGAACCAGUACUACUGCGUGCCGUGUUACGAGGACAGGUUCACGCCACGGUGCAGCCACUGCAACAAGGCUCUGACCAAAGGAGGGGUGACCUACAAGGACGAGUUGUGGCACAGAGAGUGCUUCCUGUGCGCGGGCUGCAGCGCUCCGCUGGCCGGCCAGCCCUUCACAUCGCAGGGGGAGACCCCAUACUGCGUGAAGUGCUUCAGCAGCCUGUACGCCAAGAAGUGCGCCGGCUGCAACUCCGCCAUCACAGGUUUCGGAGACGGGAAGUACAUUUCCUUCGAGGACCGGCAGUGGCACCAGCCGUGCUUCAAGUGCUCGCGCUGCUCCGUGUCGUUGGUCGGUUCCGGCUUCUUUCCGUACCGGGACCUGAUUCUGUGCACAGACUGCAACAACGACGACUGAGGAGUCCAAACGCGACGGAGACCGGAAGCGUCCGAACCUCAUGCUGACACAGGAAAGGAAUCACGCUCCACUUUUGUAAAGCCGUCAAGCUCUUUUUCAGCUUCAGAUUCACUAAAUAUUCUUUAUUUUCAUAUUUUGCACUAAGAAUUAAAAGAAUAACAUGACA